ACUCAACGACACUAGAAGUGGUUAAAGAAAGGAAUGCAAGUUUAUGAGAAGCUCAAAUUUAUUGUUCUUCAAAGACAAGUUGUCGCUGAUCUUUCCCACAUUUAUACCACAUUGUUAGAAGUAUUUCAUAGUGUCAAAAUCCGCUGUUUCCCCAAAUUCAUUUUUUUUAAUAUGGAAAAGAUGAUUGCGGGUACUCAGUUAGCUAUUUUGGAUCAUAACUUAAAUGUGGAUAGAGAACAGGAGACAUCUAAAAAAGCUGAAAAAGAGGGCAAUGUGAAACCAAUUUUUUGCAUUGCCUAUGGCAAACCAACAAAACGUUUUGUCGCCAAAAAGGAGAAAGUCGCAAAAGAUGAUAAUUACCUUGUUGACAUACUUAGUAAUAUAAUCACACGAGUUGAAGAAAAGAGAAAGAUAACCACGGAAAAGCGCAGCAAAUGUAGGCUCAGUUUGACUGUAGCACCAUCAGAGAGAGAAGACCGUGAAGUUAUCAUUGAACUAAGUAUAGCAGAUUAAAACUGUAGUGACUUUUUAUUUUUUAGCUUAUAUCAUUAUUUACAUACUAUUUUCAUAC